GAUGGCAGGCGUGCGGCCGCCACCCCUGCGGACUCUGGAGGACUUCGUUCUCACCUCGGCUCGGUUCGCGGUUCCCAACGUGCGGGACCCGGACCGCUGGCACAACCGCGUCGUCAACAACCUGCUGUACUACCAGAGCAACUACCUGGCGUGCGCGCUGCUCUGCGUGCUGCUCGCGGGGUACCUGCGUCCGCUGCAGAUGUGCGUCGGGGCCGUGGUGGUCGUCCUGUCCUUCCUGGGCUUCGUCUGGGCCGCGGAGAACCAGGCCCCCGUGCGGCGUUUUCGUAGAAACCACCCGGCGGUCUGCGUGUUUGGGAUCCUGUCGCUGUGCUGCCUCCUGCUGGCCGUGGUGGGGAGCGUGGCCGUGUUUCUGUUUGGGAUCGCGGCGCCCGUUUUCCUGACCCUGGUGCACGCCUCGGUUCGUCUCAGGAGCCUGAAGAACAAGCUGGAGAACAAGCUGGAGAGCAUCGGUCUGAAGAGGACUCCCAUGGGCCUGCUGCUGGAGGCUCUGGGCCAGGAGCAGGAGGCUGGAUCCUAGACCAGGUCCGGGUCAGGGUGGGCCAGAUCCUCCUAGAACCAACCAACCAACCAUCGAGUAAACAAGUAAACACUGUCUGGUCAAAACGUCCGUCACACAGAGGUUUAACAAGCACACAGGGCGCUCGCUGGUGCAACGUUUCCAGAAGGUCUCAGCUGAUACUUUUUUGGCCCACAGCUUUGACCCAGCACAAGUAGAACUGCAAUUAAUUAACCAGAAUAAUUGUGAUGACUAAAGUAAUCGCAGACUAUUUGAAUAAUAAUCAUUACUCUAUUAUCUGGACCAUAAACAAACUUUAACUCUGCCCUUUGCUAUGAAAACGGUUUUAUUACAGCCGUUAUGAAACCAAAAUGAAGAAUACCGUAUUUUCUGCACUAUAGGGCGCACUGUCAUAUAAACCGCACUGGACGAUAAGGCGCAUUAAACGAAAAACACAACAGUUGGAUAAGUCAGUCGAACUUUAUUUAACAACGGUCACAAUAACUCAACUUUGUUCAAUUGUAACGUGUAAUAAAAAUACUGUCUGAAGUUCACACCAAAGCGUCAAAAAACACCUUGACGCCUCUAUUUGGACGCCUUUACAUUUGAGUUUAGACCCCGACGCCCGUCUUUGACGCCGUGGACGAACUGGAGAAAAAUACUUGACGCGCGUCCGUUGCCCUGGAAACAAGAGCCCGGUCCUGGUCUUUUCCCGAAACAAUGUCAGACCAGACUGAGAGACUUUAGUGUUUUUAUGACAUAAAACAUCAAGCGGAGGAAAUCGACGACUGGGGCGUGUUUAUAUUUAUACUCCACUAAUGACUCUGGAUCAAUCCUGGUUUAGUCCUGGUCUAGUCCUGCUCUAAUACCGGUCUAUUCCCGGUCUAGUCCUUGUUUAGCCCCGGUCUAGUCUUGGUCUAAUCCUUGUUUAGUCCCGGUGUAGUCCCGGUCUAGUCCCGGUCUAAUACCGGUCUAGUCCGGGUCUAAUACCGGUCUAGUCCUGGUCUAGUCCCGGUCUAGUCCUGGUCUAAUACCGGUCUGGUCCCAGUCUAAUCACGGUCUAGUCCCGGUCUAUUCCCGGUCUAGUCCUUGUUUAGCCCCGGUCUAGUCUUGGUCUAAUCCUUGUUUA